UUGGCGAUCAUUCCUUCAGAACCGGCAACAUGACCCUUUUGAGCGACGUUUGCGCGGUCAUGGACAACUGAAUUAUCGUAGUCAGGGGUUGAAAUAUGCCGCGGAGGCGAUGCGAACGGGCUUCUUAGUCACGAUUUGUAUAAAGCCGUAGGUGCUUCCCAUAAUGGCUCACCGUCCCAGUGCGAUUGAAACGCUAGCAAUCACGAUAUGGCAAUCUCAAUAAGUAUAGCGGCACUUUUGCUCUCUAUUCCAGCUCUUGCUGCUGAGCCCGCUGUAACUAGUCUAUCUGGCGGCCAACAAUCAGCGUGCUCUGUGUUCAAACUCCAGUACCCCCAACAGACGUUCUACCCCAACACUUCAGGCUACACAUACGAAACUCAGUCUUCUUACUGGUCGGCGACAACGUUUAAUGGACCGGCAUGUGUCUUCGUCCCACAAACUGCUCAGCAGAUGUCGUUUGCAGUCACUACGAUGACUCUAACACGGUCAAAAUUUGCUGUUCGCGGCGGUGGUCACAUGCCCAUACUAGGAUACAAUGGAGUUGACAGCUCAGGAGUACUACUGUCGUCAUCCAACCUUACCUCAUUGACACUCUCAUCCGACCAAACCACCGUGUCGGUCGGACCGGGGAACCGAUGGAGAGAUGUUUAUAGCCUCCUAGCGCCUCGUGGACUUGCUGCUGUUGGAGGUCGCGUGGGGCAUGUCGGCGUGCCUGGCUUACUGCUUGGAGGAGGUAUCUCGUUCUUCUCUUCGCAAUACGGCUUUGCUUCUGACAAUGUCGUCAAAUACCAGUGCAUAUUAGCGAGUGGAUUGAUCGUAGAGGCAACAGCCACCAAUGCCUACUCUGAUCUCUUUUGGGCCUUGCGAGGCGGCGGAAACUCUUUCUGCCUUGUCACACGCUUCGAUUUGAAAACUGUUGUUUCGAGCAAAGUAUGGGUAGGAAUUGCUCAGUUCGAUGAGUCGCAAGCAAAGGGAUAUCUGGACGGCGUGUACAACUUCGGCAAAUACGGUGCUCCGUCCGAUCCAAAGGCCGCCAUCAUCCCUACCAUUCUCACUUUCCCGUCGGCAAACUUGACCGUCUACGCAGCGGCAAAGUUUUACGAUUCGCUGACCAAUAGCCCAACUGCCUUCGAGAACUUUACCGCACCAAGGCUCACACCGGUCGCCGAUUCAUAUGCACUACAACCGUUGUCAGACUACAUUUCGGUAACGGAUGCUCUCCAGCCAAACGGUCUUCGACAAGCAUUCCGUGUCAUCUCGUCUGUCGUCAAUCGUGAGGCAGUCCAGGAAAUCCACGACACCUUUAUUUCAGAGGUAGCGGAGACCCUCGCAGCUGUUCCCAACAUCCAGGCGUCUAUUACCUUUCAGCCAGUGACCAAAGACUUCCUGCAGCACAGCAUCAAUAGCGGAGGAAAUCCGCAGGGAGUCGACCCCUCCAAAGCGCCCUAUUUCUGGAUGGUCGAAAACUGGACGUGGGACGACGCGGCCUAUGACGCUAUCGUCCAGAAUGCUGCUGAUAACAUUACCUCUAGUAUCAACAAGCUACUAGAAGCUGGCUCGUGGGAAGCGGGGUAUUUGUACAUGAACGAUGCAGGGUAUGGCCAGCGCGUCUUCCAGAGCUACCCGGCCGCGAAUUUACAGAAACUCAAGACUAUUCGUACCAAGUACGACCCUCUGCGAAUCUACUCAGAUUUGAUGCCUGGGGGGUGGAAAGUCGUCGAGGCAUAAUUUCAUUGCACUUAUCUGCAAGGCUUUUAACCUUUGUCUACGUCAAAUCCUCGUAAUUGAAAAAAUCUCCCAUCACGAAUGUUUGGAAACUUAGUGAAGAUAGUUCAGCACUGUGAUAGUAAAUAUAAAUUAGG